AUAGUCUAGGUUCUGACAAUGACGAAUUUAUUUUCCAGGAUCACAUCAAUUAGGAAUACGACAUUCUCAGAUUUUCCUGACUUGAGUCGAAUCAAUUUGUCGGGAAACCGUUUCACGACACCUUUCAGAGUGGAUUUCUUCUCAGAUCUGCUCUAUCUUCAGGAGAUCGGAUUGGGAGACAAUCCCUGGCGCUGUGACUGUAGGAAUUAUGAAUUUCAAAAGUUUUUCAAUUUCCUGGUGGAACCGCCAUCGAAAAUUUGGGACAAAAAUCACCUGCGCUGCAACAGUCCUGACGAUCUCUAUGGGAUUCCUUGGGAUGUGGCUUGUUUUCACAUUUGGUUCCCCAAUGGAUCGGGCAUCGGGACCGCUGAGAAGAUCUGGACAAUCGUAAUGGUGACGAUUAUUCUCUUCGCAGCCAGCGUGUGCAUUGUGAUGAGUGUGAAGAGAUGCAUCGAGGGGAGAAAGUUGACGGCGAGAGAGAGAGAAAGGGAUGAAUUCCUGGAACAUCACAGGGAUAUUAUCCGACAGAACAGGAUGGCGAUGGAGCAAGAGGCUCAGUUGAAUGCUCCUGAUCCUAGAGAGACUCGGCCGCCAUGCUAUGAAGAUGCCAUCUUGAUGCCACGACUUGACGGGUCUUUUGCCUCUCUGAAUGAGCUCAACAUGCGGAGGGAGAAGCGCCGGAAGCUGGCUGGCAAGGAGGAAAACGGAGAUGAGGCUGACGGCGUGAUAACCAGAAGGAAUCGCUGUCGCAGCGAAGAAGUCUUGUCUAUGCGCGAGAGUCGAGUGGAAGAUGGCCAGUCGCGGAGAUCUCGCAGACAGAGGAGCACCAUGAAUCCGCCAGAGAGCAUUGAAGUGGCCAGGAACACAUUAAUGCCACCGCCAACUUCUCCUCCGCCACCAACACCGCCAAGAGUGUCCGUCAUCCGAGCGCAGGACAGUGAGUUGCACUAUCACUCCGCCGAAGUGGUUAAUCUGCACUUGACCACUGUGGAAAUUGCGCCCAGGACUCCUGACGACGAGCCGGGCAAUUCAGGCAUGGCUGAGAUAGAGAGGAUCACGAUGAGAACCCACAAGGAUGACGACACGAGUCCUUACGCGAAGAGGAAGCAGAAGUACAUGUCCACGUUCAAGGGCGACGAGGAGCCCGUGGCGAGCUCCUCCCAGUCUUCUGGCGACAAGAUUCACGUGGUCGAUGACUACUUCGCUCCGGCCGAGAAGGCGCGCAGCAGCGACGAGGAGAGCUUCUCGUCCUUCUCGCCCCUGGAAAUUGAGGAGACGCACCGGCAAGUGCAGCCCGAUGACAAGAGGGCAGAGGGUCAGAAGGCCAGGAGACCCACAGAGAGUGAUUUGUGAUCAGGCGAAGCCCUCCAAUUUCAUCCAUCAUACUAUUUGUUGUGUUUUUCAGUUGGCAGUUACAUUUCUUUGUGCUUUCUUUCCCCCUAGAAAUUGAGUGUUUUUUAAAUAAAAUUUGUUCUAGUCUCUUAAAUCUAAAUCCAUUUUAUAUAAUUUAUUAAACACUUGUAAGCACUUGAGAUAGAAAUAAAUACGCGUUGCAAGA